CAAAUAGUGAUUAAACAGCGUGUUCUUUCAUCACAUCAUCAACAUUAUUUUUUUCUAAUUAUCAUAGGAUCGAAUCCAAAAAAAAGAAAAUUAAAAAUUAAAUACUCCUACGAAACUAUUCCAAAUCUUUUUUCUGUUCAUUUAAUCACUUUUUUCAAUGAUAAUAUAUCCGAAUAUAAAUAUUACAAGUGUAUUACAUCAUUUUUUCACCGUUGUAUUGUUUUUUUCUGGUGGUUGUUUUGUUUCCGAAAAGGAUUAAAUAAUUGUUGUCAUUAUGAUGGAUAACAAUAUUCAUCAUAGUAAUAAUGAUGAUGAUAAUAAUUUUCAACAAAUGAAACAAUUGUCACCAUCAAUGACAACUACCACUGAUAUUCUUUCAGCCGCAUUAGAUGAAUGUGGUCUUGGUGAUUUUUUCGCGAAUCCCAUUGUUCAUGAUGAUCUAACAAAUUCAUUACCAAAUUCACCAGAUAAUUUUGCAACCAUUGCCAAUAAUAAUGAGAUGAUUAUCGAUAAUGGUAACGAUCAUCAACAAUGGCAACCGCAAUCAUCAUUUAAUGAUGAACUAUCUCUGCCAUCGAACACAACUUUGUCAUCAACAUCACCAUCAUUAUAUGAUCAUUCCGAAUUAAAUAAUCAAGAACAAUUUUCAACAAAUUCAUCAUCAUCACAAUCCAUUAGUUCAAAUAAUCAAAUGUCAACGGUUAAAGCAGCCAUUAUUCCUAUUAAAUCUGCAAAUACAUCGAUCAUAGAUGGCCAGCAACAACACCAACAGCAACCAUUACUUGUCAAGAAAAUUCAACGAUAUAUUUUAACGAAAAGUGAUCAACAACCACGUCUGAUAGCUACACCAGUAUCUACUUCUGCUCAGAAUUCUAAUGCUCAGUCAAUAAAUCGUUCGAUAACGAGCAUUUCAAAUCCGAAAAUUAUUAUCGCUUCUGGACAACAACAAUCCACCCCGAACACAAUUACAGCGAACAAUAUAAAUACGAAUAUGAUAUUGAAUGAUAUAAGUAAUCAGAAAAAAUUGACCAUUUCACCGAAUGUUAAUGGUACAAUCAAAAUUAAUGUUACAACACCGCCAUCAACUCCUACAACGACGUCUAUGACAAUAGGAAAUGGUCAACAAACACAAAUGAUUCGUUUAUCAGAUUUGCAGUCAGCCGGUAUCCGUUUAGCAAAUAAUAGAAUAAUUUUACGACAGCCAUCACAACAACAACCUCAAAUUAUGCGUGCAGCAAAUGCACAAAAUGUGAUACGAAUCCAGGUAACAUCAUCGCUUAACAAUUCAACACAACAACAAAUAAUGAAUCAACAGCAACCUACAACAGUUCGCCCACAAAUUUGGGUACCAAAUGCAUCAUCAUCAUCAUCAACAUCGGUCAUGACGAAUGGAAUAAAUAAUAGUAAUCAACUGAAAAAAACACAGCCUAGAAUCAAUAUACAAACAAAUGGUACUCGAUCUCUACAAUCAAAUUCAACACCAAAUUCAAUUUUAGAUAUGAAUAGUAAUCCAACUACACCGAGAACACCAUUAACUCCAUCAAAAUCAUUGUCAUUCGAAAAUAAAGAUGAUGAUCAAUUAGAAAAAGAUAUUAGACUUAGUGAAGAAAUGCGACGAUUACUUGAAGAUCAUGAAGAAGAAUUGGCCAAUCUAGAAACUUUUGCUGAUUAUAUGCCGACUAAAUUGAAAAUCGGGCUUCGACAUCCAGAUCAAGUGGUUGAAACCAGUUCAUUGGCAUCAAUUCCACCACCUGAUGUAUAUUAUCAGCUUAUGAUUCCCGAUGAAGUUAUCGAUGAUGGCCGUUUAUCAGCACUGCAAUUAGAAUCGAUAAUCUAUGCUUCACAACAACAUGAAAAUUUUCUUCGUGAUGGAUCACGUGCCGGUUUCCUGAUUGGGGAUGGUGCCGGUGUUGGUAAAGGUCGUACUGUAGCCGGUAUAAUAUAUGAAAAUUAUCUACAUGGUCGUAAACGUGCCUUAUGGUUUUCGGUAUCGACCGAUCUCAAAUAUGAUGCUGAACGUGAUUUACAUGAUAUUGGCGCCAGCCGUAUCGAAGUUCAUUUGCUCAACAAAUUCAAAUAUGGUAUCAAGAUACAUUCACCAGAUAAUGAUAAUGUAAAACGUGGUGUCAUAUUUUCUACUUAUCAUUCAUUGAUUGGUGAAUCAACUAGUAUAAGUGGACGCUUUUCUACCCGAUUUCAACAAUUGUUACAAUGGUGUGGUGAAGAUUUUGAUGGUGUCAUCAUUUUUGAUGAAUGUCAUAAGGCAAAAAAUCUAUUUCCAAGCGGCACAACGCGAGCUACAAAAACUGGGCAAGCUGUCCUUGAUCUACAACGAUGUCUUCCAAAAGCACGUGUUGUGUAUGCUAGUGCAACUGGUGCGACUGAACCAAAAAAUAUGGGAUAUAUGACUCGUUUAGGUAUAUGGGGACCUGGUACACCUUUUGAAGAUUUUAAUCAAUUUGUUGCUAUGGUCGAAAAAAGAGGAGUUGGUGCAAUGGAAUUGGUGGCCAUUGAUCUGAAAAUGCGUGGCAUGUAUAUGGCAAGGCAAUUAUCAUUUAAAGGUGUUCAAUUUCGUAUUGAGCAUGUACCUUUAUCCCGUGAAUUCAUACGAAUCUAUAAUUGUUGUUGUCGACUAUGGGUAUCGGCAAAGACAAAAUUCGAAAAAGCACUUGAAUUAAUGGAAGCCGACCCACAAGUAAGCAAAGCAAUAUGGACACAAUUUUGGGCAUCACAUCAAAGAUUUUUUAAAUAUCUUUGUAUUGCAUCCAAAGUAAAAUUUGCCGUUGCAUUUGUAAAGGAAUCAUUACGUUGUGAUAAAUCAGUUGUGAUUGGUCUACAAUCCACAGGUGAAGCACGAACAUUAGAACAGCUGGAAGAUAAUGGCGGUGAAUUGAAUGAUUUUGUAUCGACAGCUAGAUCAGUGUUUCAAUCAUUAGUUGAACGACAUUUUCCAGCACCAAAUCGUAAAAAAUUGGCCAAACUAUUGGGACGUGAUACAAGUUUUUUUGAUGAUUUGGGUAUCAAAUUAAAACGUGAUGCAAAUGAUGAAAUAAUUGCAUCAAUCAGUGACGAUGAUAAUGAUGAAAUGAUGAGUCGAGCCAAAAGACCAAGUGGUCGUAGUUUUUUCGAUAGCGAUGAUGACGAUGAUUUUGUCGAAGUUUCAGAUGUAGAAGAAAAUGACGAUGAUGAUAAUGAUGAUGAUGACGAUGAAGAAGAUGAUAAAUCAAAUGAUAGUGAUAGUGAUAUUGAUCUUGAUGAAAUCGAUGAUAUUAUGGAUGAAAAACUUGGCCUAAAACCGGGGGGAAAACCAAGCGCAUCCUUAAAAUUCAUGGACAUUCUAUUGGGACCAUCAUCAUCGACCAAUGGACGCAAACGAAAACGUAAAGCAUUAUCCAAACGCCGUCAGAAACGUAUUCGUAUGCAGCAACAACAAAAACGACGACAAAAACAACUACAAUCAAAAAAAUCGUUGAAGAAAAAAUAUGAAAAAUAUUAUAAUGAUUUUAAUAAUGUUGGUUCCGAUAUUGGUGGCUAUUGUGAAAUGUUGAAAAAUGAAUUACUUGAACAAUUAGAAUCAUUUGGUGAAAGAUUACCGCCCAAUACAUUGGAUGAAUUGAUCGAUGAAUUAGGUGGACCAGAACAAGUGGCCGAAAUGACUGGCCGUAAAGGCCGUAUUGUCAGUAAACAGGAUGGUCAAGUGCAAUAUGAAGCGCGAAGUGAAAAUGAUGUUUCGUUGGAAAUGUUAAAUCUUGUGGAGAAACAACGAUUUAUGGAUGAUGAAAAACGUGUGGCUAUCAUAUCGGAAGCAGCAAGUUCCGGUAUAUCAUUACAUGCUGAUCGUCGUGCACUAAAUCGUUGUCGUCGUGUUCAUCUAACUGUUGAACUUCCAUGGUCGGCUGAUCGUGCCAUUCAACAAUUUGGCCGUACACAUCGAUCAAAUCAAGUUUCGGCACCAGAAUAUGUUUUUCUUAUUUCAAAUCUGGCUGGUGAGAAACGUUUUGCAUCGAUUGUUGCGAAACGUUUAGAAAGUUUGGGCGCUCUCACCCAUGGUGAUCGUCGUGCUACCGAAUCAAGAGAUUUAUCACAAUUUAAUAUUGAUACAAAAUAUGGCCGUCAAGCAUUAGAAUUCGUAAUGAAAUCUAUUCAAGGUAGUAGUGGCUUGAAACCAUUAGUUUCACCACCAGAAAAUUAUUCAGGUAAUGAUUUUUUCGAAGAUUGUCGAAUUGGUUUAGCCGGUGUUGGCCUUUUAACUAUUGAUCGUAAAACUGGUAACAUUACAUUAGAUAAAGAUUAUGCUAAUAUAAAUAAAUUUCUAAAUCGUAUACUUGGUCUGGAAGUGGAAUUACAAAAUUCAUUAUUUCGUUAUUUCAAUGAUACCAUGGAUGCAGUAAUCAAAGGAGCUAAACGUAGUGGCCGUUAUGAUUCGGGUAUCAUUGAUCUAAGUAAUGAAGUUGGAAAUGUACGAAAAUUAGAUCAAGAAAAUUUCAUUUUAAAAUCUUCAUCAAGAGCUGUUAAAAUUCAAUUACAUACAGUUUCGGUUGAUCGUGGUCUAUCGUUUGAACGUGCUGAUAAUCUUCGGAAACAGGCAUUGGAUGAGGAAAAUUAUUUUAAAGAUGAAAUCGGUUAUUAUGUUUCAAAUUCGACAUAUCAGAUUCGUAAGACAAUAUUUUUGGCUAUACCGGAAGAAAAUCCACAAAAAAAUAAAGAUAUGAAGCAAAUAUUUCGUAUUUAUAAACCAUCUCUUGGUUUACAAGCAAAAUAUGAAACAAAAAGUUCAUUAAAAGAACGUGGACAAAAAUUGAACGAUGUAGAACAGGCGGCCAAAUUUUGGAAUGAACAUUAUGAAAAAUCUGAAAAUGAAUGUACACAUUCAUUAUUAUUUGGUCGUUGUCGUUCAUCAAUGAUGGCAAUGAAAUCAUCAUCAACAACAAAAAAUUGUUGCGAUGUUGGUAUUCGUAAACGUACAUAUUGUGUAUUAUCCGGUGCUGUUAUGACAGUAUGGCCUGAAAUUGAAAAAUCCAUUCCACAAAUUCUUAAUCAUAAAUUACAAGUCGUUCGAUUAAAAACCGAAGAUAAUCUUAAAUAUAUCGGUCCAUUGAUUCCACCAAUGUAUGUGGAUGAAGUAAGAAAAUGUUUGAAUCGUUUGGCUAAUGGUGGACAAUCAUCAAAUUGAUCAUAUCAUUUUUUUCAAUUAUGAAACUUUUUUUUUCUUUUGAUUCAUCAUCAUCGUAUACGAACAUCUAUUACUUUUUGUAUUUUCCUUUCAAAAUAGUGUGAUUGAAUUUCUUUUUUAACAUUUUGAUCUAUAUUCAUUGAUUUUCCUAGUCCAUAAUUAAUUACACACAAAGGUUUAUUUGAUUCCACGUAGAUAUCAUCAUCAUCAUCAUCAAUAAUUAUCCGAAUUUUCAUUUUACAUUUGUUUUUUCUACUUUAAAU